UUAAAUAAAAAGUAACUCCAAUGGUGUUGCCAGGGGGAAUGUUUACAAGGAAGCAGGCUGAUAAACAAGGAAAAUCGGUGACUUGUAAAGAGGUGAAAUUGUACAGUGUGGCAACAAUUCCCAGCUUGUCAGAGCCUCACAGUGGUCACAGCCACCUCAGGCUGGCUGCAGAGUCUCCGUUUUUACAGGCAGCCUCAGGAAAGCAGGCUGGACCGAAAAAGCAACGGAAUUAUGUGGAACUUGUCUGAGUCACUGACCCUACAUCUCCACAAGUUCUUUCAGGGCACUGCCGUGAAGGAGGACCGGAGAGGCUGCAGCUGAGAGGAGAUCUGCCCUUUCUGGUCACCAAGGGUUUCAGAUCUCCUCCCCUAGCCUCUCCCAGUCUUUUGUACUUUCUCUGCUAAUCCAUCCAGUGCAGCAUACACUGACAGAGGCAGGAGCUGGAAAGCCUGCUCUGAAAGUCUCUGAAUGCUGCUGGACCAGCCGCAGGCAUGAACUUGAAACCCGUGCUCAUCCUGCUUGGUCUGGCCUUAGCCACGAUCUUCGCUUUGGUCUGCGUGCUGCUGACCAGGGAAAGGAGCCCCAGGACGUGCCAGAGCCUUCCCCCGGAGCAGGAGGACCCAGAGGACGGGCAGAGCCUGGUGUUUGCUGACCUGACAGCCGAGGAGAUGUCGCAGGUGGUGCGGUACCUGCGGGGCCACCUCGGGGUGCCGCUGGUGGAGGCGUGGCGGGCCGAGCCCUCGGAGAACUGCAUCGCCUGGCUGGACGUGCAGGUGCCCGCCAAGGCAGAGGUGCUGCGGUUCCUGGACUCGGGCGGGGCUCGUCCCCCCCGGGAGGCUCUGGCUGUGCUGUACUUUGGGCAGCAGCCGGAGCCCAACAUCACCGAGCUGGUGGUGGGGCCGCUGCCGGGGCCGGCGUACCACCGGGACGUGACGGUGCGCAGGUACGGGGGGAAGCUGCCCUACCACCGCAGGCCCACGCUGGCUGUGGAGUACAAGCAGAUCGGGCGGUUCCUGAAGAGCCAAGUGUUCCCCUCAGCUCCAGCUUUCAUGCAGCAAGUCAUGGAGUAUGAUGGAGCCAACCUUGCCACCGUGGCGGCUGCUCCCCGUGGCUUCCAGUCUGGGGACAGGGUCACCUGGUUUGUGCUGUUCCAGAAUGUGAGCGGGUUCUUUCUGCACCCCGUGGGGCUGGAGGUGCUGGUGGACCACAGCAGCCUGGACAUCUCCCAGUGGGCGGUGAGCAGGGUGUUCUACAACGGGCAGUACUACAGGGACAUGGUGCAGCUGGAGAGUGCCUACGUGCAGGGCCGGGUCAGCGUGGAGAAGGUGAGGAGGGCACCGAGGGACGGCGAUUUCUCCUCCAUGAAGCCUCGAGCGCCCGCGGCCGCGCCGUUCCCGCUGCAGUUCGAGCCGCAGGGUCCCCGCUACAGAGUCAGGAACAACCGGGUGCUCUUCCAGGGCUGGAGCUUCGCCUUUGGCAUGAGCGUGAGCCGGGGCCUGCGGCUGUUUGACAUCCGACACAAGGGGGAGAGGGUUGCCUACGAGAUCAGCGUGCAGGAGGCGCUGUCCGUGUACGGCUCCAACUGCCCGGCGGGGAUGUCCACCCGCUACAUGGACGGCAGCUUCGGCCUGGGGCGCUACACCUCGCCCCUGGUGCCAGGGGUGGACUGCCCCUACCUGGCCACCUUUGUGGACACCGUCUCUCUGUCUGACAGCCUGAGGCCCAAGAAGAGGAAGGCUUCGCUCUGCAUCUUUGAGCAGAACCUGGGCUCGCCUCUGAGGCGCCACUACUCCAACCUGCAGUCGCUCUACUACGGGGGGCUGGUGAACUCGGCUCUGGUGCUUCGCUCCAUCGCCACCGUGGGCAACUACGACUACGUGUGGGACUUCAUCUUCUACCAGAACGGGGCCCUGGAGGGCAAGGUGCAGGCCACAGGGUACCCGAGCUCAUCCUUUCUCCAUGGGGAUGGCCUGAGAUAUGGCAACAGGCUCUGGGAGCACACCCUGGGUACAAUACACACCCAUUUUGUCAACUACAAGGUGGACUUGGAUGUGGGAGGGGUGAAAAACUCCCUCAUGGCCCAGGACAUGGAGUUUGAGAUGGCCCAGGCUCCCUGGAGCCCAGAGCAGCAGAUAGAGAGGCCACGGCUCACCAGGAAAGUCCUGGACACAGAAGACCAGGCUGCCUUCCUGCUCCACUCCAAGAUGCCCAGAUACAUCUACUUUGCUGCCAACAGCAAAAACAAGUGGGGCCACCAGCGUGGCUACAGGAUCCAGAUCACCAGCUCUGCAGGAGACCACAUCCCUGAGGCCAGCUCCAUGGAGAGGGCCAUCAGCUGGGCAAGGUACCAGCUGGCUGUCACCAGGAGGAAGGAGGAGGAGCCCACCAGCACCAGCAUCUACAACCAGAACGACCCCUGGACGCCCACUGUGGCCUUUGCUGACUUCAUCAACAACGAGACCAUCACCAACCAGGACCUGGUAGCCUGGAUAACUGCUGGCUUCCUGCACAUCCCACACUCUGAGGAUAUUCCCAACACCGUGACCGUGGGAAACUCCGUUGGUUUUCUCCUGAGGCCCUACAACUACUAUGACCUGGACCCCUCUAUAUACUCCCAGGAUGGUGUGUUUUUCACCAGCGAGCAGGACUUUACAGCAUGUGAAAUCAACCCUCUUGCCUGCUUGCCCAAAACUGCCUCCUGUUUGCCAAACUUCCCCCCGUUCACUUUUGAUGGUUUUCCAAAUAUGAGCAGGAUUUGAUGCUACAGGAUGGUGAGGAGAUGUGGGCAGAGACACCAGGCUGACUGUUCUGUCUCCAGUUUUCAGCUUUUUAGUGAAGUUGUCUCAAUUUUCAGUUGUCCAGUGACUUCACGUUUUAUCAUUGCUUUUGAAAUAGUGCUCUUGAAAAGGGAAACAUGAUUUUCCUACUAGGAUGUGAGAUGGAAGUCUAUGUUAUCUGUAAUUCCUGAAUUUGAGUCUAUUGCCAGAGGAAAGCCAGGAGAGAAUCCUGUUCCUCUGCUGUAGAAGCAAGUGCUGUGUAGUGCAUAUCUCAGGUUAAAAUAAU